UGAAAAAUCCCAAAGUGACCCUUACCCUUCUCUCAGACUCUCUCUCUCUCUCACACACACACACACACACACACACACACUUUUCUCUCUCAUAACCGUAGCUACUACUCAACGGCAACGACAGCACCCACCAACCAAUAACUCCGUGAAUCGGCAAAGUGGAUUACAGUAACACAUUGAGGUUGGAGCUCCUCCUCAUCAGAAACCCUCAUCUCUUCAAGACUGAGUGAGUGGUUGAUCAAUGGCAUCACAAUCAGAUCACAAGGCUGCGAUAAUCGAUGGCAAAGCCAUAGCGCAGACCAUCCGAAACGAAAUUGCUGAGGAAGUCCGCCAUCUCUCCCAGAAAUAUGGCAAGGUUCCGGGACUGGCAGUAGUGAUAGUAGGGAACAGAAAGGACUCCCAAAGCUAUGUGAGCAUGAAGCGAAAGGCAUGUGCUGAAGUUGGCAUUCUAUCCUUGGACAUUGACCUCCCUGAGGAUGUGUCCCAAGUUGACCUCAUUGCCAAAGUUCAUGAAUUAAACGCCAAUCCCGAUGUACAUGGUAUACUAGUUCAGCUUCCGUUGCCAAAGCAUAUAAAUGAGGAGAAAGUGUUAAGUGAAAUCAGCAUUGACAAGGAUGUCGAUGGCUUUCAUCCUCUCAACAUUGGCAAGCUUGCAAUGAAAGGCAGAGAACCUCUAUUCCUUCCUUGCACUCCCAAGGGCUGUCUGGAACUUCUGUCACGGAGUGGCAUAAGCAUAAAGGGAAAGAAGGCAGUGGUGGUGGGCAGAAGUAACAUAGUUGGAUUGCCGGUUUCAUUACUGCUUUUGAAAGCAGAUGCUACAGUUACCGUAGUCCAUUCUCAUUCUCAUGAUCCGGAGAAUAUCAUUCGUGAAGCGGACAUUAUUAUUGCUGCAGCAGGGCAGGCAAUGAUGAUCAAGGGUAGUUGGAUAAAACCAGGUGCUGCAGUCAUCGAUGUCGGCACAAAUGCAAUAGACGACUCGAGUAGAAAGUCAGGCUAUAGAUUGGUGGGAGAUGUUGAUUUCCAGGAAGCAUGUAAGGUUGCUGGAUGGGUAACUCCUGUGCCUGGAGGUGUCGGCCCAAUGACUGUUGCAAUGUUACUCAAGAACACUUUGGACGCCGCUCGGUUUUCAGUAACCUCUGCAAUGGGCUUUGUAGGGUGUUCAACUUGUUCUUCAAUCUUCUUCUAAACAGUAUUUUUGUAACCUCUCUGCAGUGGGGUUUGCAGGGGUGUUUGGGAUUUCUUCCAUGCUCCUUUGGAAUGAAAGAGAGUUGGAAAAUGAGUAAAAGCCUCACAUACAUAGUGGACUGUUGUAUAUUGAUUUAUAUAGUAAUUGUACAAUCCCUUACAAUCACUGAUAUCUACAUAGUGGGCAUUAAUAAAAAAGAAUCAUUGAUACCUACAAUCAGUUACAGGUGAGGAAGAAGAAGAGUCCUGAGUCAUAAAGAGGGCAGCUGAUCAGAUGAGGAAGAAGAAGAGUCCUGAGCCAUCUUGAACAGUGGUAGAGGGGUCCUGAGCCAUCUUGGAGAGUGGUAGAGAGUCUGGGCAACUUUUGGAUAUACAGCUUCUGGAACUUUUUAAGGUAUAGGUAAGAAAACUGUUUUUCUCUUGUGGGGACGUAAAAAUAUCAUCAGCAUUAGCUGCUAUCUCAGCCUCUUUGAAAUAUUUCAUCGAGCAAGGCCCUCUCUAGAUGGAGACUUAUAACAGAGAAGACAGCAAGUGAUAAAUUUGUUAGGUGGACCGUGGGUGAAAAUGACAAAUCUAUCGAGGUCCCAUGCCAUGAGAAAUCUAUGGAGGGGUCCAAAGCUGAUAUACAAGUUGGCCAAGACCCAGGAGAGAUGUUAUCUUAGCUAGCAAAGGGUUGAAGAAAGCACUUGGCAAUGCAGUACUUUUGUUUCUUUUAAAUUUCAAUGAGAACUCCUUAAUCACGAUUAAUUCUA